GGUUUCUCCCUUUUAGGCACGCUUUUGUUGGCGAUGAUUUUCUGGCAAAAUAUUUCUUCCAAACUCARCCUUAUUUGAACAAUGAGGGUUAAUUAUCCUUCAAUAUACGCACUAGCCUGUGCUUUAGUUUUUCUUCUCUACAGCAAAGUAAGAGGUGCUGAUGUUUGUGGUAGUGACAAGAGUGUUGAGAAUCAAGUAGUUCUAAGUAAAAGCAUUGGAAACAAUGGCAAUAUUACACUUUUUGAAGAAGAAGAGCUGCUACCAAGGAUGACGUGUGCCUGGCAGAUCACAGCUCCUCCGGGUUACAGCGUUGUCUUAAAGGUAGAUUGUCCUGGAGAAGCAGUGGAAAGAUCAGAGACUUUAGUGUUUGAUGGCAACUCUUCCUCAGAUGUGUUGCUGUGGAAUUCAUCUAAAACAUAUCCACCAUUCGAUCCUUUUACUUUAUUCUCCAGUGGCGAGAGUAUGAGAGUUGUCUUAAAGACAAUGAAUACCUCAGAAAGCAGCCCAAUGCUUUAUAAGUAUGUUGCUGUCGUUUAUGCCGUCCAAACAGCCCCUGAUUACACAAAUAAUCAUGUGGUCAGCCUCAGAGCUUCCUCGACUGUUGCCAAGUUCACCAGUCCCUACUACCCUAUAGCAUACCCUCUGAAUGUUUCAUGUGUUUGGCGAAUCCAAGCACCUCGUGGGAAAUUCGUACGUCUACAGUUUGGCAGGCCACUUGUCGAGUAUAAACAUCUACAAGUCUAUGAUGGAGAAGAGUCGAUAGAAAACCUUCUGUGGGAAUAUGUUAGUGGUUGGUUAUUUCUGAGACCUUAUGUAAUAUUUUCAUACACUCAACCACUGUUGAUUAAGUUCAAAAGUGGAUCUAUUCCCAGGAGUAAUGGGUUCAAAGGCUUUGAAAUGGAGUAUACGGCUGUUGAACCAGGAUGCACUGCCAGUAAUCCAGGGGUUGGUUUCAAUGCAUCAUUCGGUAGUAUAUCAACUCCUGGUUUUCCAUCAGACGUUCCAACAAGGGCAAUGACUUGCGUAUGGUCUUUAAAAGCCCCCGUUGGCCAUGUCAUCAAACUAGAUCUAGAUACAAUCAACCUACUUCCAGACAAAGUCCACGUCUGCUCAGGAUUAUAUAUCAAAUACUUACCAGUCUAUGAAUUUACAAGAUUUGAUUAUGUUCUUACAUGUAGCGUCUAUGAGUCAAGGACAUUUGUUUCUAGUGGCAGAAAAAUGCAAAUCGUGUAUACUCAACCAGCGUAUGUAGGACGGAGGUCAGUUGGCGUUAUUGCCAAAUAUGCAGCCAUUCCUUUAGUAACAACAGGAAGCUGUGACGCAAACCAACCAGGUACUAUAAACCUGCAUGGAGAAGCGGCUACAUUCCACAGUCUGAGUUACCCCAAGCAUCACCCUGGCAACAUGAAUUGUAUGUGGAACAUUACAGUCACUGGCGGUCAAGUCAUCGAGCUCCUCAUCUACACUAAUUUUGGUUCUGAUUGCGACAAAGAAUAUAUUCAAAUCUAUGAUGGCGCAACCAAGUCGAGUCCCCUGAUAAAAAAAGUGUGUGGAGUUAGUGCAAGAAAGUUAUAUUCAUCACGUAAUCAUCUGUUCGUCGAAUUUAUUGGUGAAAGUCCGUCACAAGGCUUUAUCGGUACAUUUGUUGCAAGGAAGGCAGCACCUAAACCUUAUGCUUGCUCAUCUCGUGAGUUCUACUUCAACCAAACGCAAGGGAUGUUAGCGAGUAGGAGAUUUCCAUUGUCGUACCCCAAUAAUGUCAUUUGUGAAUGGUAUAUAACAGUUCCGAGUGAGUAUAUAGUCAAUUUUACGGUAUUGUUCCUCGACCUUCAACCGGAUCCCUCGUGCAGUAAGGACUAUCUCUUAUUGAGUGAAGUAGUUGAAGGAUUCAGAGACGGAAAAGAAAUAGCAAAGAUUUGUGGUACAAACAUCAGUCAAGUUUCGUAUCAAUCAACAAGUAAAAAAAUGAUUGUCGAGUUUCGUUCAGAUGCUAUUGGAAUGUACCCUGGAUUUGAAGCCAAGUUUGAAGCUGUGUAUAAACCUCCCAAACACACAAGUAAAGCCAGCAGUAAAGUGUCUACAGUGACAAUAGUGCUGAUCGCAGUCUUCAGCGUGGUGGGUGUGAUCGGGUUAGCCAUUCUGAUUGUUUGGAUCGUCAAGUACAGAUACCACUGCUGCGCAGAUCAAAGUCGAGGGAAAUUUGACAUGAUGAAAAUGGACGACACUGACGACGUGAAAAUGUGACAAUUGAUACAGUCUCCCCUUGGGUCCAUUGAUCUCUAAAAAUAGGAUGUCAGGACGAAUCCUUCAGAAAUACUGAAUGCAAACGAUUUUCAUGGAAGAUUGUCGUAGAAUGGGUUUCGUUAGGGUAAUUUUGAGUGAACCAAACGGGACUUGACACAUUUGCGGUAGUAACCAAAAAAGUGAACUUGUUAUCGCUAAUCACCACCGCAAUGAAAGAGACAUUCUUAUGAUAGUUUAAUAUGAAUUUGUUUGAAUGGUUUAUUAAGAUUUAAAUCGCACAUCAAUAUAGAGUACACUUAGUCACACUGUUGAAUAACUAGAUAACUUUAUACAACUUAAAACUAGCAGCAGUAAGGGGGACUCGCGGUCAAUGUCAAAGAUUUACGGGUUUUACAGGCGGUUUAAGGAAGGCGCCGGCAGCGGGAAUAAGCCGCGCGAUAAGUCCUUACU